GGAUGGUGGCGGAGUCCCAAGGCCUCCUGCCGCCGUCGGGCAGGGAGGCCAGCGGAGGCGGGGCCGCGGUCGCCCCUGAGAGGCGCCCUGGCGGUGGUGGCCCAGCCUCUUCUUUCCUCGCACAGCCAGGCGGCCCCUGCUCUAGGCCCGCGUCGCCAUGGCCGCGGUUCCCGAGUUGCUGCAGCAGCAGGAGGAGGACCGUAACAAGCUGAGGUCUGUGUCUGUGGACCUGAAUGUUGAUCCCUCACUUCAGAUUGACAUACCUGAUGCACUCAGUGAGAGAGAUAAGGUCAAGUUUACAGUGCACACCAAGACUACACUGCCCACUUUUCAGAGCCCAGAGUUUUCUGUUACAAGGCAACAUGAAGACUUCGUGUGGCUACAUGAUACACUUAUUGAAACCACAGACUAUGCUGGGCUUGAAUAUCUCGCUGUCUUUAAGAAGACUGUGUCCUCUCAUGAAGUAUUUCUUCAGCGGCUUUCUUCUCAUCCUGUUCUCAGUAAAGAUCGAAACUUUCAUGUUUUCCUGGAAUAUGAUCAGGAUCUAAGUGUUAGGCGGAAAAAUACCAAAGAAAUGUUUGGUGGCUUCUUUAAAAGUGUGGUGAAAAGUGCUGAUGAAGUUCUUUUUUCUGGAGUUAAGGAGGUAGAUGACUUCUUUGAGCAAGAGAAGAACUUCCUUAUUAACUAUUACAACAGGAUCAAGGAUUCCUGUGCUAAAGCUGACAGAAUGACCAGAUCUCACAAAAAUGUUGCUGAUGACUAUAUUCACACCGCGGCCUCCUUGCAGAGCCUGGCUUUAGAAGAACCCACAGUUAUCAAAAAAUACCUAUUGAAGGUUGCUGAACUGUUUGAAAAACUUAGGAAAGUGGAGGGUCGUGUCUCAUCAGAUGAAGAUUUAAAGCUGACAGAGCUUCUUCGAUACUACAUGCUUAAUAUAGAGGCUGCAAAGGAUCUCUUAUACAGACGCACCAAAGCCCUCAUUGACUAUGAGAACUCAAACAAAGCUCUGGAUAAGGCCCGGUUAAAAAGCAAAGAUGUCAAGUUGGCUGAGGCACACCAACAGGAAUGUUGCCAGAAAUUUGAACAGCUUUCUGAAUCUGCAAAAGAAGAACUUAUAAAUUUCAAACGGAAGAGAGUGGCAGCGUUUAGAAAAAACCUAAUUGAGAUGUCUGAACUGGAAAUAAAGCAUGCCAGAAACAAUGUCUCCCUCUUGCAGAGCUGCAUUGACUUAUUCAAGAACAACUGAUCUAUCUGCCUUUUCUCUGAAGGAAACAAAUGUGAAAACUGCAUCACUUGCACUUAAAUCAUUACCAUAGAAUAUGAUUAGCUUUGACUUUAGUUUAAAAUUAUGUGAAUAAAUAUUUUGAUUUCUAAAAAUCUUAACACUUAACCAUGUUGGUUUAAAAAUAUUUUUAUUGCAUGCAGCUUGGAUAUAACUAAUCUUUUCCUUAUGCAUUUAAUACCUCAGAGUGGGCAGAAUCUAAAUACUGGAUUCUCCUGUAGUUUGUCUUCAGUUACUUAAGAAAGGGUGUGGAAGACAUGUGCCUUCUGGAAAUAUGUAGAAGCAAUCACCAGGCUCAUGUCUGUCAUCCCRAUUCAUGUGCCCAUGUCCCUACAGACUGAUCUGUCAGGAAGGUGCCAGUUCAACAAAUGAUAAUAGCUACUUGUUACAGCUAACAGACAUUCCAUUCCUUCAUUAGGGUUUUUUUUUUUCCUUGUUACUUUCAUGUUUUUGAGUCGCCUAAAGUGUUUGUAUAAUAACAAGGGCAAAAAAAGAUCUCAUUUAUCUUUUUAAAAACCCUUUGCAGCUCCAUUUUUAUAGUUGGGAUAUAAAUAUUUGAGGGGAGAGAAGUAUUUGAGGGGAGAGAAGUAUGUAGGGGUAUAUAUAGAAAUAAACAGUAUGGCCUGCUUUAAAGACAGCUACACAAGAAAGGAUGUAAGCUCUUUCCCUGAUGUUGGGGGAAUGUGUGUUUGGGCCUUUGUUUUUUUAUAAAGUAUGCAAUAAAAUAAUAAAUCAUA